AUGGCGGAGGCAGUUCCUGUGCCCCAGUUACGACCCGUUACACACCUGAUAUUUGACCUGGAUGGACUUCUUCUGAAUACUGAAGAUUUAUAUACUGAUGUGUUUCAAGCAAUAUGCAGUCGCUACGGGAAGAAAUACAACUGGGAUGUUAAGUCCUUGGUCAUGGGGAAGAAGGCUCCAGAAACCACACAGAUCAUAGUGGACUUCCUGAAGUUGCCCAUUUCCAAAGAACAACUAUUGGAAGAAAGCCAGGAGAGGCUGCAGCAGGUGUUACACACAGCUGCGCUGAUGCCAGGAGCUGAGGAAUUGAUCCACCAUCUGAAGAAAAACCGCUUACCCUUUGCGCUGGCCACCAGCAGUGCGACCCUCUCUUUCCAAACAAAGACCAGUAGAUACAAAGGGUUCUUUGGUUUAUUUCACCACAUCGUUCUGGGAGAUGACCCUGAAGUAAUAAAUAGCAAGCCAGCCCCAGAUAUAUUUCUAACCUGUGCCAAAAGGUUCUCUCCUCCCCCUAAUCCAGAAGACUGCCUCGUCUUUGAAGAUUCUCCAAAUGGGGUGGAGGCAGCAGUGGCCAGUGGGAUGCAGGUAGUCAUGGUACCUCAUGAAAACCUCAGCUCAGACCUAACAACAAAAGCCACCCUGGUGCUGAGUUCCCUCCAUGAAUUCAAGCCUGAACUGUUUGGUCUACCUGCAUUUGAUGAGUAAAGGUGAAAAGCGACCAUGCUACUGUGGGCCUCAUAUAACCCAAGAUCGGCUUCACCUUUGGAAUUCAGCUACAAAUUGUCUACUCCUACAAAGGAAUGAGUGCAGAUGACUUCCUCUGGAUGUGGACUUAUUUCACAUAUCUUAGCAAACUACCUUAACAUUAUCAAUGGCCUGUACAUUUGUUUACUCAAUAAUUCUUCUCCAAAUCAA